AGUUUAAACUACUCUUUCCUCUGUUCAUUUCUCGUGACAGCAGUACGGUUAACUUCAUGGAAGAGGGAAUGGAAGAGGGAAGCAAUUGCCCCAAUAAUUCAGCUGAGGAUGCUCCAUAUUGCCCAACCUGGCUCAAAGGAAGAGCCGAAUCUCUUGAACAUGAUCGUAUCAGCGCCUUGCCGGAUUCUGUCAUUCACUACAUCCUCUCAUUCUUACCCACCAUGGACUCUAUCAAGACCAGCGUUUUGUCAAAGACAUGGGUAAAGUUGUGGUCCUUUGUUCCCAACCUUAGCGUCCAUGUUCUUGAUCUUGAUCAUCCUGACAAGUUGUUUAGGAUCAUCCAUGGAACCCUGAUUUUCUACUCGUCGACCAAGAUCAAGAAAUUCCUGCUCCAUUUCGACUACCACAGGCUUGUGGAAGAGAUUCCAAAGUCAAAUAUGGAUUCUCAUAUUGAUUUAUGGGUCCGCUUCGCCACCGAACGAAAUGCAGAGGAGCUUUGUUUGGAAUUCGGCUCAGAGAAUGACCUUAUAGUUAUAGCCAACGACUCAGAGAAUGGCGAUAUGGCCAAGGAAAAAGGUCAUGAUCGUUACACAAUGCCUCAAUUUCUAUAUGAUUAUUCUUCAAUGACGAAAUUAAGUUCCACAGGAUGUGAUUAUAUGCCCAAAGGGCAGGUGUCUUGGAGACACCUCAAGGUUCUGACCACUGGGAAAGCAGUGCUGACUAAUGAUAAUCUUCAAAGGAUUUUGUCAGGUAGUCCAAUGCUUGAAGGAUUGAAAUUGUGUGACUGUUGGGAUAUUACCAGUGUUGAUGUUAGUUUAAGUGGUAGCUUGAAGAAAUUGGUGAUAGAUGGCGUUUGUGAUCCCUCAGCGUUUGGGUGGAUUGAAGAAUAUACUAUGGUGGAGAUUUCAGGACCAAAUCUAAAGUCGUUGGAAAUUUUGGGAAGUUGGCAAGAAACCAAGUGUCGCCUGUUGAAUGUAUCAUCCUUAAUGGAUGCACAUGUUAAUUUUGUAUCAUAUUCUAAAGGUAUCUUUGAAUUUGAUGAGUUUGCGGAGACCGCUUUGUCAAUGGCUGACUAUAGAGGAUUACUUUCUCCUUUGAUCAACGGCGAUUGGAAGUGCUUAACUCUUUAUAUACGGAAUGUUAAAGAGUUUGUUCUCCCUGGGGUGGCAUUUUUGCUUCAGAAUUCUCCAAAAUUGGAGAAAGUAGUUGUGGAUACGGAAAAUGUGAUUUAUGACAUUCACAACCAUAUUUCCAUUCAUCCCACUGGAGAUGAUUUCUGGACGUUACAAGAGAGAAGUUUCGGUUGCUUGCUCCAGCAUCUGAAGACUAUUGAGUUUGUUGAUCUUGUUUGGGGUAAAUAUGAUUAUGAUGGUUAUCUCCUAGGUGCAUUUAUGCAAUUUCUGCUUAGAAAUGCAAGGGUUCUAGAAAAGAUGGCUGUACAUUACUCACCAUGGGCUUUCUUAGUGGAUGAUGCAUACGAUUCUGAUGAAGCGGCUAGAAUACUGCUGAGCUUUCCAAGAGCCUCGCCACAUGCUGUGAUUUUGGUAUCCGCAAGUCCUAUGAUCUUAUCACCAGCCUCUACCUCAUGCCGUGGUUUCGCUAUCCAAAUGUCCCUAGAACUGAAACCCCAGGAAUAUUGUCAUCAUAUAGCACUUCUGUUAUCAACGGUGUGAAAUGAGCGUUUUAAAGAAUAAUGUUUUGUAAGAUGAUAAUUUGGUUGAAUGCAAGUUCCUUGCUUUGGUUGUAAUGCAACCUUUGAGUAGCCUGUAGACUUGAUACUGUGUUUCCUUGUUCCAUUGAUAUCAAAUCCUUUUCCAUUGCACAAAUUAACACGUAGUAAAUUAUAACAACUUUA